UGAUCGGCCACACACACACACACACACAAUAUUUAAAAGGCACGGUGACACUAGAAAUAUUUGCUCCCAUUGGGCGCGUUUGCUUUAGGUGCUAGGAAGGGUCUUCUGCAAUUGGAGGGGGUCUUCUGCAUUUGGAGGGGGUCUUCUGCACUUGGAGGGGGUCUUCUGCACGUGGCGGAGUGUUCCUCAAACGCGCUCAAGUAGCAGAUUUGGACAAGAAAGUUUCAAACAUAGUGUUAACACAAAGAUUUGUGCGUGCAUUUUCUUACAGCUAGUAGUGUUACGGUGCACGUUUUUUUAACUGUGGCUGAAGGCGUUUAGAGGACUCCGCUUAGUACCAUAGGACUCUUAGUUUAUUGCCCUGACGCCGCUGUUACAAUUUGAAUAACACUUUUCAGACGCACUGACAGUGCGAGCUUCGUUCUCUUUGAAGUAGUCUUACGGUGAAAUAAUUGACUUGUUAUGCAGGGAGGUAUCCAACAUAUCCAUUCAGUAAUUUAGAUUAUGGAGUGUAUCUAAAAAAAACUGAACAUUUCUUUUGUGUCGAAAUUCAACCACAGCUCUGUUCAGUGUUUUGUUUAUUAUUGGAUCGCAAACAAGGGAGGCAACUACGAGACAGGUGAGCAAUUCUUAUUUCAAUUCCUUUUUUUUCCUUUCUUUUAAACGGUGAACCAAUCACAUUUGAAAUCUAUAACUAGGUCUAUAUGUUCAGCUAGUUUCCUUUUUAAAACUGAUUACUGUUGUUUAACUUUUUUCUAUUUUGAGGUCGAUACAAAUCUAGAUUAAUUAUAUAUAUACAAAUCUAGAUUAAUUAUAUAUAUUAGGCCUUGUUUUAUACCUUCUUGUCCCCUUUUCGCACUUCACUUGCCUAACUUAAUAAAAGUUCACUGAGGUUAUUUUAUUUAUUGAUAUAGUUUCUAUUUAGUAAGAUGAAGAUACAUUCCUUUUUAAUCAAAAAUAAAUAAAUCAUUUUGUUAUCUUACAAACAGACCAAGAAAAUGAUUAUUUUUAAAUUUUAAAAAUAAAAAUUUAAAUUUUCAUAAACAUAAUAUCAGAUGUAGGGGCCACACUACCAGCCAUAUAAUAUAUAAUAUUAAUCUUAUUACGCUAAUGAAGUUGAUAAGUUCGAUCGCAAUGUAAUAGUUCAUAAAUAAUGAAUGGCUUUGUGUUAAAGUUCCUAUUUUGUUUAAUAUUCCUUAGAGUUAUGGGCAAAAUAAAAGAAUGUAGGCUACAAGGGAAUAUCGGAUAACAAAAUAAAAGAAUGUAGGCUACAGUGGAACAUCGGAUAACAAAAAUAAAAGAAUGUAGACUACAGUGGAACAUAGGAUAACAAAAUAAAAGAAUGUAGGUUACAGUGGAAAAAACAUGGUUCUGGCAGGUUCUUGGAAAGAAAUUUGGCUCUCAGAAAAAAAUUGAUCGUCCUGCUGCUGAUUUGUGACUACCGGUCAUGAGUUUUCCAACCACUGGUCUAGCUAGGUCAGUGGUUCCCAAACGUUUACGUUUGGCGGACCGGUGAACAAGUUUCGAAAUUUUACCAGGGACCGGGGCAUGAUUUAUUUUUAUAUUUUUAUUUCUAUUUGACAAUAAAUAUUUAGAUCUAUGUUAUGUGGACAGGCAGCGUUAGGUACGGAACCUGGGUAAGGAAAAACAUGCACUAAUCUCAGGUAGACAGUGGCCAAGAGUGCCAUAGUACUGAAAAAUACUCAUUUCGGGGCAGAAAUUUAUCAUCCACAUGGUAGAUGCUGAUGUCCGUAAUUUUAUAGUCAGUAACUGAAAUAAAAAUCAUUGUUAUUAUAAUAGCGGCAACGUAUUCCAUGGAUCUUUGAGAAAGCGGGGUCGGUGGUGUGGAGAAAGACACAGUAAGCAAUGCACUGAGUAGCUCUUGGUUCAAUGAUAUUGACUAAUGAAAAUUUUCUAUCCCAGUUUCCCUCGUCCAAACUCACUUUAAAUCCAAACCAAACGCCGUUGAAUGGCCACGUCUCGACAGUCUCAAGGCUUUUGUUUGCUUCAUGCAGUCGGCGCACCUGAUCAAUGUGUCUACCUUGUAGCCAUUCAAAGACCCGCGACACGCUUCGGUGAAUGUAUGCGCUUCAUGUGCGUGGGUUGACGGGUUGAUACUACGGUACACGCAGUUACCCUCUUUUAAAAUUAUGGAAAACCUAGCGUGGCAGGUAAACCAAUGGGGCUGGCAUGAAUUGAUAAUACUGUCGAAUAUAAAAUAUACUAAUUUGGAGAAACAAAUCUUCGCUAUUAUUCAUUGACUCUUAGCUACGUGUGCAUUUCUUCUAGGUUACACUCAUAUCACCUUUAGAAGGGUUAAUAUAUCCUUCAGAAAAAAAAAUUGUUUAAGAGAAAGUUGUUCUAGGUUGAUAGUUCUAUACAUCUUCACUAUGUACAUAAGUAUUUGGAUGUUAAAUGAACGGAUAGAUUUGAAUUAAAUUUGUUAUGUGACUUUGCAAGUUGUUGUUUCAUGUGGUUGAGUCCUGCAUUGUGACUGAGUGUGUUGGUAGAUUUUACGGAGGUGAUCUAUAUUUUAAACGCUCUAUUUCUAGUCAUCUCGGUGUUAAACAGAAUUGUGUGAACUGAAAAAUCAAACGUAAAACACUCAAUGACGUAGCUGGGGUCGGGGCCACCAGGGGCGUGCCGACAACUUCGCCGCACCCAUCCAAGAAAAAAAUAAGUUGUAUGUCAAAAUCCCGCCCCUCUAAUUAAAGAAGAAAGGGCCGCCCGGGACGAACUGCCCCCUCGGCACCCCCCCCCCACCCCCCGCCCCAUGCCACUGAUAAAACUUGCCUGGGAAUUAUAACUAAUUAAACAUGUUUUUUUUUUAUUUUUCAGGGUUCCUUCAUGUCAUCAAAGUUAAAACUGAACUUUCAAAUCAAACAUGACACAAGUAGUUUCACCAAUCUUCCCAUAUUAACAAAGAUGACACAAGUAGUUUCACCAAUCGUCUCAUAUCAACAAAGAUGACACUAUUAUUUUCACCAAUCUUCCCAUAUCCACAAAGAUGACACAAGUAGUUUCACCAUUUUCCCAAUAUCAACAAAGAUGACACAAGUAGUUUCACCAAUCUUCCCAUAUCAACAAACAUGAACAAAAAAACUAUCGAAAGUGACUAGUAAAAAUGAAUGAAUUUCUCAAGGAAUUUUACAGCUAAAGAAACGUCAAGUCAGGCCAGGCUGUUAGGAGUAUCUGAUGUCUAUUAUCACGCCACACAUGGACGGCAUAUUUUUUACACUAAAUCGGCCAACUUUAUCGUCAUCUGUUUUAUCGAUGUCUGAAAGGAGACUUCAAAAGUCUUCACAGAUUAUGUCUCGCGCCAGACUGGUCAUCUAUUUUCUGUGUAUUCAAAGUGCGACUUCUGUGUAUCUAAGAUAAAAUUACAAUACGCGAUCAAGACCAAAUUAUAGUGUUCUGAAAAUGAUUUCAGCCAUUGGCGACAAAAAUCGGAGGCCACGGUCAACAGAUGGACAAAGUGUGAGGUUAAAGGUCGACGCCAAACCGACCACGAAGCUCCGGGAACGCGUCGAAGAGUUCCGUCUGUUGUCAAACAACGAGGCUCUCAGAGAAGUUGAGUACGACAAGCGGCGAGGGGAGUGGACGCGCCGGGGCGAGCUGCUUAAGCUGGACAAACCCUUGCAGAGGUGGAAGAAGUGUUACAUCCCGUCUGUCCUGUCCGUCGUCGGCGGCGCGUUUCUACUGUUCGUCUGCAGCAUCAAGGGCCUGUCCGGAGACUCCGUGUUCUUUCACCAAAAAAUCGUGUUCCAGGUGAUAGGCGGGGUUCUGGUCGGAGUGGGCGUGGUUUUGAUCAUGGUGACAGCCGCCUGCACGUAUAAGAGAGAAGAGUUCAUCGGAACGAAAUCGGGAUUCCCGAAACCCUAUACCUCCACAAAGUCCUACAAACGAUCGACUUCUCUUCCCACGGAGUUCAUGAGAACCCAAAACGACGCAGACAUAGAAGACAUUAUUACAAGAAAAACCAACGGCUGUCAAAACCUCCGCAGUCACACCUCCGCGGAAUCCGGAUAUUUUGGAUCUCCGGUGGAAAGUCUCGGAGAGAGCUUCUCAUCGACACGGUCAGCGAGGCAGUGGAUACACACCCACGGGCCGAUGUUUCCGGCGGGUAGCGGGACCAUUCGGCGUCAGUCUAGUGACACGGUGCUGGACAAGAGCUUCGCCAGGGCGCGUCUUCUCGCGUGGGAGGAGUUCUAUAAGUCGGGAAGUCACGUGGUAGCCAGACGCACGCCGGAGUGGUCAGCUGGAAUGUGUGUCCAUGGUGCUUACUGUAAUUCUGAAUGUAAACCGCUGAAGCAUGAUGUUAAAUGUGAUAAGUUACAUAUACGCGAGGCACCAAAACUAUACCCACAAGGUACGUGAGGUAUGGUGCAUCCCGUUGUAGUCAAUAUACAAAGCUGAUGGAUUAACUCAAAAUCCUUACUGGUCUUUCCAAAACUUUGUAACAAAGGUCAUAUGUGUGGUAAACUUAUAAGCAAAUGAGCACCAGUUACAACUAUUUAGAGUCAACUGACAAUCCCAGGGGUCAACUGAUAACCCAAUGGUCAACUCAUAACCCAGUGGUCAACUCACAACAGCAGUGGUCAACUCGUUACCCAGUGGUCAGCUCAUAACCCAGUGGUCAACAAAUAACCCAGUGGUCAACUCAUAACCCAGUGGUAAACUCACAACAGCAGUGGUCAACUUGUUACCCAGUGAUCAGCUCAUAACUCAGUGGUCAAUAAAUAACCCAGUGGUCAACUCAUAACUCAAUGGUCAACUCACAACAGCAGUGAUUCUUAAGGGAUUAAUUAUCAACCCAGUAAUCAUUUCACAACCCCGUGGUCAACUCAUAAUGCAAUUUUAAUCUAACACCCAGAUGUUCAUGUUACAACCCACAUCGGUCAUCUAACAACCCACAUCGGUCAUCUAACAACCCACAUCGGUCAUCUAACAACCCAUAUCGGUCAUCUAACAACCAACAUCGGUCAUCUUACAACCCACAUCGGUCAUCUAACGACACACAAAGGCUGCGUAUCAAAAUCAAAUUAACUUGAUUUAAUUCAUGUCAGUAGUAAAAUAUGCUGCAUGAGUCAAAUCCCAAUCAGAGAUCAAAAUACGAGUAUGUAAAUCUCAUCACAGAUCUAAAUUCUAUAGCUAAUCGAUAUUCCAAAAGAGAAAUAGGUUAUUGAAUAGUAACUAAUUUUUUACUCUCAUACCAACUAAUAUCAGUUCAGAUUGAUUUACACUGCAAAUUGUUACUGGUAGUUUAGAGCAGUACCGAAGUUUUAUUGUUCUCAGAAUUGCGUCAAAAUCAAGGGGAAAUAAUGCAUACUAUUUAGUACAACUUCUGGCAAUAGUUACAAUUCCUGACUUAUUCAACAGGAAUAAAUAAGAAAAUGGCAUAUUGUAUCUAGAAAUCAGAUCAUUAUUGUUUCGGCCACUUAUUGUUAUUCAUGUUGCCACAGUUUUUGUAAUCUUAAAGAUAAUUAAAAUUAUUUUAUAUUUUUUAAAAACAAAAAUAUAUAGAUUUAAAAAAAAAAUAGUAAAGCCUUUAAAAGGUGACAUCUUAUACUCUUUAGGUGACUUGUCAUACUCUCCUGUUAUUACUAACUUAAUACAGCUUUGGCUCCGAACAUUUGUCCUGGCUUCUGUGAGUCGUGAAUUGUAACCAGUAAUUAAUUUAACCACCUUAACAAAAUAUGAAUAUAUAAAAAAAAAUUAUCUAUAGUUUAUCCAGCAUCACCAUAGUAUAUAUUUCCACUCAAUAUCGCUUCACAGACCGAAGAGUUCACAGCAUUAACACAAAUAAUGAACACCCCCCCCUCCCCUUCCCCACCCCCCGGCACUAAAACAACUUUAAAUGUUGUUUCUUUUUUUAAAUGUCCUAGUUUUCUUUUUCUAUUUAAGAACGGUCAAAUUUUUAGUUAUUGUCUACUUUUUGAUUUGUUUAAUGGUGUCAAAGGUCAAAGGUAAAGCUCUUGACGGAAUAUGAUGUGAUUGAAUUUAUCAAACUGGGACAAGAAAUCGUGUAAAUUUAGUUUCAAUGCCUGAUUGCAUUUAUUCAUUGGCCUUCGUUAAUUAUUCCUUAAGUCUUAUAUGUAAAACUAAAUAACUGCCGGAGUUCUUGACAUUCAAUUUAAAAAGGAUCCACCGUGCACUUGACUCUAUCAUAUUCUUGAGGUGUGGUGAUCGGUGGUAUAUCGCAUUAAAUUUGUUAUAAAAAAACUUUUGGAAUAAAUAAUUUAACGUACUUUUUAAAAUAUGGCUUAGUGUCUUAUUCUGUAAUAAUAGUUUUUCUAAGUUAUUUUAUCAUCAUUUGUGAAUCAAUAGAUCUUUUUAUGAAACUAAACAUUCGUAAGUGUUGUUGAUUUUACCCUUUUAUAAAACGAACAGUUGUCAUUAUGUUGAUUUUACCCUUUUAUAAAACUGACAGCUGUCAUUAUGUUGAUUUUA